AUGGAACAGCAAGGUGAAGUUGGAUUGGACUACACACCAUUUGAAGCGCUUGAAGAAUCUAACCAAGACAUUGGAGUUGUCCUUUACUUAUUGCAUUCUGAAAAUUGGAAAGAAAAUUUUAUUGGUAUUGAUCAAUUAAGAGCUAUCAAUAAAUAUAGAUGGCUCGAAUUUUUAGACUACUGGCCAAGGGUAUCUGAUCGUGUAAUGGAGCUGAUGGAUUCAAUAAGAUCUUCACUCUCAAAAAACACUUUACUGCUUCUUUCCGAAUGCUUUGCAGAACCGCGAGAAAACUCAGAAAUGGUUGCUCAGUGUGUAGCUACUUUGCUACUGACAAAAACAGUUAAUGAAAAAUCGUUUAUUCGUGGAGAAGCUGUAACUGCAUUAACCAACAUAUGCGCCACAGUAACAAGUGAAGAAAUAGCACGCCAGCUGCUAGAAGGAUGCUUUCAUAAAUCCGGACAAAUAGCGGAUAUAGCCUACCAGCAUUUAGCUACGAUAUUGCCCCGAUUAUACCCUAAUACAGUGCUACAUAUCACUCUUAGACUAUUGGACUCAAAAAGACAAAAAACUCUGACAGGCUCAAAAGAGUGCUUAAAACACCUCAGUGAAAAUUGGCCGGACUUCAGCCAAGCCGUUUCAGCACUGGCAGCUUCAGAACAAGAAAAAGUCAGGCAAGCGCUGCAGCAAAAAGCAAAAAGAGCUGGAGGCUUAAGAGAAAUGAUCCAAAAAUCAAAAAAAGAAAAUGUUCAACCCACCUUCAUAUUAGAAGAAUAA